AUGAAGGUAAUAAUAUUAUUUUUUAUAAUUUUAUUAGUAAACUCUUGUUUUUCAAAAGGGUUUUUUGAUGUUAAAAAGAUUUUGGGUGAGGGAUCAGAUGGGUGUUUAUAUUCAGAUACUGUAGGUAAUAAAUUUGACCUUUCAUCAAUAGGUUAUCUUACAUUUAAAGAUGCCAAUUCUGAUACAGAUAGAGGUUAUGGUUUAAAUGUAUGUCAACAAUUAACAGGAGAUCAAUUAUGUGGUGAUCAAGUUAAUGCAGCAAUUUGUACAACUGAUGAUUUUGGUACACCUUCUCAAUGGCAACCAAAAGUUUUAGGUUAUCUUCCAGGAAAACAAAGUGAUUCAGCUUCAAAAAAUAAUUUAACUUUGACAUAUGACGGUCAAAAUUGUAUUAUUGGUAUGAAUAGAUUUAUUGUUUCAACAACUCUUAAUGCAAUUAAUAUCGAGUCUCCAGUAUUCUGCUCAAAAUCAAGUGGUGGUAUUUCAGGUGGUGAUGUUUUCUUAAUUAUAUUUUUCGUUGGUUUAGGUUCUUAUUUUAUUAUUGGUAUUAUUGUUCAAGCUAUUAGAAAGCAUAAAAUGGGUCAUCCAGUUGAUUCUAUUAUUCCAAAUAUUGAGUUUUGGAAAUCUUUUGGUAGUCUUAUUAAAGAUGGUGCAUUAUAUAUUAAAUUCAAAGUAUCAGGUACACCAGGAGGUAGUUAUCAAGCAAUUUAA